AUGACACUGNCUCUGUUCAGCGCUGCAGCAUUAGACUUUGGUAUUCAGUGGGGGUUGUGGUUAGUAGCUUCUUUUUUUCAAACAGAGAAAUUCUACGAUUUAGCUGGCUCGUCCACAUUCAUCCUCCUUACAUGGCAAACGCUGCGAUGGGGUGGGAAGUUUCACCUUCGCCAGCUCGUUCAGUCUAGCUGCGUCACAUUGUGGGGACUUCGUUUAGGACUUCAUCUAUUCAAGCGAGUUCUUCAGGAUGGAAAGGAUAGCCGCUUCGACAAGGUCCGAGGUAACCCUGGAGUGUUCUGGAUCUACUGGACAUUACAAGGUGUAUGGGUAUGGACGACGCUGCUGCCCACCAUGAUUUUGAACACUUCUGCCAAAGACGAGAAGACAACCUGGAAGGAUUACCUGGGAUGGUCACUUUGGUUAGUCGGGUUUAUACUAGAAUCACUAGCCGAUAGCCAGAAGUCGCAGUUCCGUGCAGAUCCCGCUAACAAGGGAAAAUGGAUUUCAUCUGGACUCUGGAGCCUUUGUCAAUAUCCUAACUAUCUUGGCGAGAUUCUGAUGUGGUCCAGCUUGUUCCUUCCAGCUUCUUCAGUGAUGUCUGGUCAUCAGUAUUGGAGUGUAGUCUCUCCCAUGUUUGUGGCUUAUUUGCUGACUCGUGUGAGUGGUAUUCCAAUCUUGGAGAGGCAAGGAUUGAAGAAAUGGGGGCAUCUCACAGAAUACCAAAAGUACCGUCAAAACACAGCUGUACUGGUCCCUUACAUCUGGUAGAUAUGUGAUGGACAAAAUCCUCAUUUAGAAAGCUUUCGAUGUUUGUAAUUCUGUGCUUUUCACUCUAGACUGUGCUUGGUGGUUGGUGGUGGGCGUGGGGUGGGGCAAUGUGGCAAAACACAGGGACUAACAUCAUUGGCCUUUAUUGGCUUACAAGUACUCUGUACGUUUGUUAGAGCACAGCACAGUAUAUUAUAUAUGCACUGACACUACACAUGUAAUGAAUCAUUCCACUUCAUACAUGCACUGUAUGUUCACCAACGCUGGUUAAUCCACUAAAUAAAAAUACUUGUCCUUCGCCUAACAAUUUGUUUACUUUAGACCUCUAAGAAUGAACCUAAAAUCCCAAGGUGGUCUGGAUGAUAAUUUGCAGUUACCACCAUAUAACUUGGAAUUCUUUUCUACCACUGAUAAAAGCAACUGCAAUUUGUGAACAAUUUCAAAUGCAAAUUGAAGACCACUUUCUUCUCCAGCUUAUAAGCACUGUCACAUAUAUACAGGCAUUAGCACUUAUUUUGAUCUAUUUAUCUAGCUGUUUUCAAAAUAUAUUUUCAUUUUCUUCUAAAUACACUAACUCAUGUCUGUUACUAUUGAAGUGCUGAGGAAGGCUGCUCCAAAAUAGUUAUUGCUGUUCAUUAUUAAUAAAAUAAUUUUGGUGAGGUACAGUGACCCAAUGGUUGGUGUAAGGGAAAGUCUGCAUACAAGCAAAAUGGCCCAUCAGGCUGAAGCUUAUCCAGGUUUCUAUAAGCAUGAAGCUACAAGGAGUAUUUCUACUCCCCCCUGGAUGGGAUGCCAGUCCAUCACAGGGUUACCCCCAGCAUUAAG